AUGAAGUCAUAUUUAUUAAGUCGAAGACAAAGACACAUUCGUGCGAUAUGCUUUCAUAACAUUGGUCUCUGUAAGACCAAUGGAAAUAAUAAGUACAUAACGGAUCACGUUGCUGGGUUUGUGCCAUGCUUCUUUAUUUUAGAAUCUAUAAGGGGGGAACUGCUCUAUAUCAGUGAGGUGCAAUCUGAUUCUUUACAGAAACUUCAUUUCCAGGAAUUACCGAAAUUGAAUGGUGCAUCUGCUAUGAUUGUAUUGAAGUUAGUUGGAAAGGUCCCAAAGGCAGUUUUGCACAGCAUUGUAUCGAAUAAGAAUGCCAUUAAUAAUGAUAAGUGGUGCAUUUUGUCUACUUAUACGAUCGAUCUCAACAAGCUGCAACCUAUUUGUGACGACGUAGCGUUGAUUACAAGUAUUAACAUGCCAGUUCUUGAAUUGGUAGACGGGUCUUACACGUUAUCUAAGGAAAACGUUAAACUAUUAAAGGAACCAACCAGCUUACACAAAAGGAAUAUAAGCGAAAUCAAAAUCAAAAAUUCACUGGCGUAUAGCUCCUUACUAAAACUAAACAAAUUACUCGAGUAUUCUUCGCAAGUUCAUGAAGAAAUGAGCGAACUUUCCACCAGAAUAGAAGACAGUUUUCCAUUACAUAAAAACCAACAUCAAUGGUACAUAGAAACUGUACAGAAAUCCAUUGCUGCACUACAAACUAAAACAAAUAAAAAAAAUAUAGAAAAGUCACAAUGUGAGGAUAAUGGCACCAUACACCAUUCCAAAACAGAGAUAUCCUUGGUUUCACAAGAUGAGUCUAUAAACGAUGAUUACGGGAGUAUAUAUUCCAGAUUUGUGCAAAUUAAAGAUAGACUAGACCAACUAAGGAUAAAGAAACUAUACCAGUUGAUAGGGAUUUUUCGUUCAACAAAUUUAUUCGAUAUAGGAAAAGGUUACAUACGCUUUGAGAGGUCUUCUAGCUCGGACAACAUUAUUGAAGGUCUCAAACUAAAAACUUUACAUAUAGAGAGUUUAUUAAAAGAGGCCGAAGAGUCUUCAAAGCAAAGAGAGUAUAUGAACAGCCAACUGGGUUAUUAUCUUUUAUUUCUCCAUUUGACGGCAACUCAAAUCUUUAAACUUCCUCUACCUUACAAGUUGAUGUACUAUGGAAGUACUUCCGUAAUUGAGAGUCAGUAUCCUCUUUACUUUACUGAUUCAAUGAUCACAAAGCAUCAAACGAAACUACUGAGAGCAAUGCAUUACUUUAACGCCGACAUUUUACAAAUUAAACAGUUUUUGGAGAAUUAUUGUUCAACAUAG